AUGGGUUCAAAGGAGAAGAAAGGCGCCCAAUCACCCGGAAAUUUGGCGCCCGAACAUGAGAACCAACAUGAGAAUGAACAUGCACUCCCCGAAAAAAGAGUCAACGGCGGCCUUGAUGCAUGGUUAAAUGUCCUUGCGGGUUUCUGUGUUUUCGUGAACUCUUGGGGUCUUUUAACAACCUACGGGGCGUUCCAAGAGUAUUAUCAGACAGACCUUCUAUCAAAUGAGACACCAUCGACAAUCUCAUGGGUGGGCAGUAUCCAAGGCACAUUAAUCCCACUAGUCGGUCUUGCAACAGGACCAUUAGUUGAUGUCGGAUACGUCCGCCCUCUAAUUCUAGCCGGAAGUUUCCUGACCGUAUUCGGCAUGAUGAUGACGAGUCUCGCCACCUCAUACUAUCAGGUAUUACUCGCACAAGGAUUCUGCGUCGGAAUGGGAGGCGGAAUAUCCUACAUCCCAGCCCUGGUGGUGAUCUCCACGAGUUUCACCACAAAACGUCCCAUCGCCAUCGGCUGCGCAUCAAUCGGGUCUAGCGUGGGGGCCGUCAUUUUCCCAGUAAUGUUCCGCCAACUACAGCCCAAGAUCGGGUUCCCAUGGGCAGUUCGCAGUAUCGGCUUCAUCAGUCUGUUCCUCGCUGUUGUAUCAUGUAUAAUCCUAUGUCGUCAACCAGGCCAAAGAACCCACGCAAGAAGUCUUAUCGACUGGAGGGCCUUCCGUGAACCCUCGUUCAUGAUGUUCUCGCUCUCGCUGACGUGUGUCAUGCUCGCCUUCUACGUGCCCAUUUUCUAUGUUGCCUCCUAUGCCCGCACGGUCGUGCAUACCACGACCGAUCUUAGCUUUUAUAUGGUUGCGAUUGUCAACGGCACCUCGGUUAUUGGCCGUGUCGUUCCGUAUCUGCUUGUUGCAUAUAUCAAGCCCAUUGGGAUCCUGUUAUUCUCCGUGGUAGCGUCGGCGAUUGCGAUGUUCACUUGGAUUGCGGCUACUGGUACGGCUGGCUUUUUGGUCUGGGCGUGCUACUGGGGAGCUCUUAGUGGUGUCUUGGUUACGGCGCCAACUUCCAUCGUGGGUCAUCCGAUUUUCUGUCCCGAUUCGACCUUUUUGGGGACUCGCUUGGGUAUGAUGUGGGGGAUAUCGUCGUUUGGGUCGCUGGCUGGAACUCCCAUUGCGGGUGCUUUAGUAGAUCUUGAGACUGGGGAGUUUUGGAAAGCUCAGGUCUUUGCCGGGUGUAAAACUAACCCCGAUAUCGAAAUGGGCAGCGAUAGUAGCUUCAACCGACAAACGACUGCCGUCUACGGCGGUAGCAGUGCCGAACCUACACCCGCUAACAAUGUCGGCGGCGGAUCAGGAUGGGGCGACAGGCUCUGGCUAGGUGGCAAAGAAGAGGGAAAGGGUCACGCAUAUGCUACCAAUCCCAGAUCAACAAUGGGCGACUUUCUUGCUUUGCAUGAACAGAAGACGAGCGGGCAAAAUAAGUUCUAUCAGCGUCAGAGCAUGGUCGAUAACGAUAUUAGACCCAUGAAUGCCCAAGGAGAGCCGACUUGUGCGAGUGAAGAUCAUACCUUUAUGAAUCAUAGGCCUGGUGGUCCGGAUACCUAUUUUGGAUGGAAUGCAAUGAAGAACUUUUUCUCCUGGUGA